AUGAAGUAUUUCACAAUAGACCCGGUCCCAAACGUGGACGCCAAAGCUCCAUGCGAAAACGAAGACCUCACUUUGGCGUACAAGACCUUUGGCUCGCCGAGCAACCCGGCUGUCUUCAUACCAACAUGCUUCAGUGGUCGCGUCGACUUUACCCUCAACUUCUUGUAUGAAGGCUCUGAUGCGCCCCUCGCGAACUACUUUGUCAUUGUCUGCGGCCUCCUCGGAGGCAGCGACUCCUCCUCUCCGUCCAACGCGCCAGCUUCCUUGCGCGGCCCUCGCUUUCCCAAGGUCACAUAUGAGGACAACAUCCGUCUACAGUAUGCACUUUGCCAAACCCUUGGAGUGGCGCAGCUCGAGGCAUACAUUGGAUUUUCCAUGGGAGGCCAGCAGGCAUACUAUAUGGCCACGCUGUAUCCUGACUUUGUGAAGCGCAUCGCCGUCCUCGCCAGCUCGGCCCGCACCAGCUGGCACAACAAGUCCUUCCUCGAGGGACCCAAGACAGCACUGCUCAACAGCAUCGACUGGCACGACGGCAAGUACAGUCAGCCGGCACGCAAAGGCACCGUAGCGUUCGCGCGGGCGUACUCGACCUGGGCACUGAGCUCCGCGUGGUUCCGACAGCGCAGCUGGGAGAGACUCGGCUGCGCCUCGGUCGAGGACUACUUGCGCACGAAUUGGGAUGACGAAAUGGGGAUGCUGGACGCGCAUGACUUGCUGUGCAUGCUGACCACCUGGGUCGGAGGCGACAUCGCGGCCGUAGGCCAGGGCCCGGCUGGGGAAAACCUGGAACAAGCGCUGGCACGCAUCAAAGCCAAGGUCCUCCUGAUGCCGUCUCGAACGGACUUGUACUUUCCGCCCGAGGACAGCGAGGAAGAAGUGAAGCACCUGGCACGUGGGCGGCUUGUCAUCAUUGAGAGCGUAUGGGGCCAUCUGGCUGGCGGGGAGUUUGGGCCAGAGGAGGACCAAAAGGUCAUCAGCAGGGAGGUGCAACGCCUCCUGGCCGAAUAG